UCUUGGUCCUACAGGCUUCCGUAUAGGAAAACAUGGCUGCGGCCUUUGCAAGAAGAGCGUGCGGUUUACUGAGGCCGAUUGCUGUUUCUCUGGGGAGCAGGACCGCUCAAGUGUGUCACCUGUCCAGCGCUGUUCGUUCCCCUCGGCUUUGUAGCUAUUUCAUACCCACGAAAUGUAAUCCUCCGCAGGCUUCCCUCAGCCUCACACCGCGGACCAGCAUCCUCCAACGAGUAUCUCCUCUUGCUCCCAACUUUACUCAGCUGAGCAGAGGUAUUACCUACUACAGUGUGAAGAAGGGGAAGAGGAAAACAUGCAAGUCUGUCCCAGAAAGGUUUAUGAGGUUGCACUGUGGCCUUUGGAUCAGACGCAAGGCUGGAUACAAGAAGAAGUUAUGGAAGAAGAUGCCUGCCAGACGCCGACGCCUAAGGGAGCAUGUCUUCUGUAAUAAGACCCAGAGCAGAUUGCUAGACAAAAUGACUACAUCAUUCUGGAAAAGGAGGAACUGGUUUCUCAACGAUCCAUACUUGACAUAUCAUGACCGGAAAAAUCUAAAAUUUUAAUGGCUAUCCUUUUUCUGUGUAAAUAUCCUGUAUUAAAACUGUAUUCAUGAAAAAAUUAAUCCAACAGACAA